AUGUUCAACCUCAGGCGGCUCGUUGUGGCUGCUGCCCUCUUCUUGGGCGUCAUGCUCAGCUUCACCCAGACGGUGGCUGCGGCCCGGGGCCCCAAGAUCACUCACAAGGUCUUCUUCGACAUUGAGCAGGAUGGCGAGUCAAUGGGCCGUAUCGUCAUGGGUCUCUACGGCAAGACCGUCCCCAAGACCGUCGAGAACUUCCGUGCUCUUGCUACCGGCGAGAAGGGCUUUGGAUACAAGGACUCUACUUUCCACCGUGUCAUCAAGGACUUCAUGAUCCAGGGUGGCGACUUUACCAAGCACGACGGCACUGGCGGAAAAUCGAUCUACGGUGACCGCUUCGCCGACGAGAACUUCAAGCUUAAGCACACCAAGAAGGGCGUCCUUUCCAUGGCCAACGCCGGCCAGGACACCAACGGAUCGCAAUUCUUUAUCACCACUGCCAUCACCUCUUGGUUGGAUGGCCGCCACGUCGUCUUCGGCGAGGUUCUUGAGGGUUACGACAUUGUGGAGAAGAUCGAGAACGUUGAGAAGGGCCCGAACGACAAGCCUACCAAGCCCGUCAAAAUCGCCAACAGCGGAGAGCUUCCUGUUCCCGAAGAAGCGAUAUAUGGAUCUGUCGAAUGGGCUUCCGGCUUCAACGACGAAAAAGAGGAUACCACCAAGCCCGCCGCGGACCCCAAGAUCACCCAUGCCGACAAGCCCGCCGCCCCCGCCGCCCCCGCCUCCAACAGCCAGAAGGUUGCAGAGUCGAACGAAUGGUCUGCCCUGCAGAAGGCUUUCUUCUUUGGCAUCAUUGUCGGCUGUAUCGCACUCUAUGUCCGCUGGACCAGGACUCGUGACAGCAAAAACCGUGGCUUGGGUUAUGAGAAGACCUUGGCGUAG